CGAGGUCGGCUGUCUGACCCGGCGGCCCGCAGUCGGCCGGGGCCGCCGGGAAUUGUAGUUCCCACUUGGUGCGGGCGGGGGCUGCGGGAGACGCAGCAGUUUGCGAUCUGCCCACGCGUUCGGGCACUAGGGCCACCGCUCUUGUGGGCAGAAGGCCGCGUCCAUUCCAGGAAGAGGAUCUUCUCCGGAAAUAUCUGAUUCUGCAGCUGAUCAAGGAUGACACUGGUGAGAACCCUAUGAGGGAGUGAAGCAGCCUGGACUCUUACCACAAGAGGGAGGUGUUAUAAGAGCAAUGCAGAGGUUGGAGUGGGCAGCAGUUGGGGCAGGAGGAAGCCGACUGCUGCCUGGUCUGCAAAUAAGUCCUUUCAAGUCUCUAGGACUGGACUCUUCCUAAGCAAGUCCGAGAAGGAAGCACCUUCACUAUGUGGCUCUACCUGGCGGCCUUCGUGGGCCUGUACUACCUUCUGCACUGGUACCGGGAGAGGCAGGUGGUGAGCCACCUCCAAGACAAGUAUGUCUUUAUCACGGGCUGUGACUCGGGCUUUGGGAACCUGCUGGCCAGACAGCUGGAUGCACGAGGCUUGAGAGUGCUGGCUGCGUGUCUGACGGAGAAGGGGGCCGAGCAGCUGAGGGGCCAGACGUCUGACAGGCUGGAGACGGUGACCCUGGAUGUUACCAAGAUGGAGAGCAUCGCUGCAGCUACUCAGUGGGUGAAGGAGCAUGUGGGGGACAGAGAGACGUCAUCUCACCAUGUCACCUAGGCUGGUCUUGAACUCCUGGGCUCAACAGAUCCUCCAACCUUGGCUUCCCAGUGUUGGGAUUACAGGCAUGAGCCACCACACCUGUUCUCCAUGUCUUUUCAUGGCUUCAUAGCUCAUUUCUGUUUUUUUGUUUGUUUGUUUUGUUUUGUUGAGAUGGAGGUCUUACUCUGUUGCCCAGGUUGAAGUGCAGCGGUGCAAUAAUAGCUCACUGCAGCACUGAACUUCUGGGCUCAAGUGAUCCUCUUGCCUCAGCCUCCCAAAAUGCUGGAAUUACAGGUAUGAGCCACUGCGCCGAGCCUGACAGCUCAUUUCUUUUUCUCGCUGCAUAGUAUUCCAUUGUAUGUAUGUACCACAGUUUAUCAUUCACCUAAUGAAGGACAUCUUGGUUGUUUUCAGUUUUUGGCAAUUAUGAAUAAAUUCUCUUUUUAAGUUCUA